CUUGCUGUGGUGGAGCCCAGUGUUUGUGUGUGUUUUUUUAAAGAAAACCCCCAAGAUGUAAACGUAGGUAUUUGAAGUCCUGAAGCUUUCUCCAUACUCACUACUAAGAGAAUGCGGUGGUCCCUUCCUCUAAAGACUGGCUGUUAAAUAUGAAGAAUCUUCAGAUGGAUUUUAAAAUUGAACACACGUGGGAUGGUUUUCUGGUGAAGCAUGAGCCAGUGUUUGUCAGGCUGAAUCCAGGUGAUGGAGGGGUGAUGAUGGAAGUUAGUGCUCCAUUUUUCAAUGAUCCUCCAGCCCCACUCGGAGAACCAGGAAAACCUUACAAUGAACUCUGGGAUUAUGAAGUUGUGGAAACAUUUUUCUUGAAUGACAUAACUGAACAGUAUUUAGAAGUUGAACUUUGUCCUCAUGGACAACAUUUGGUGCUCUUACUCUCUGGAAGAAGAAAUGUAUGGAAACAAGAACUUGCUCUGUCAUACAAAGUGUCUAGAGGAGAGACAAAAUGGGAAGGCAGAGCUUAUCUUCCUUGGAGUUAUUUUCCACCAAGUGUGACAAAAUUCAAUUCAUUUGCAAUUCAUGGAUCAAAAGAUAAAAGAAACUACGAAGCUCUCUACCCGGUACCUCAACAUGAACUGCAACAAGGACAAAAACCUGAUUUUCAUCGUCUGGAAUACUUCAAGCCUUUCAGUUUUAAUACACUGCUUGGAGAAGAAUGGAAACAACCAGAAUCAGAGCUGUGGUUAAUAGAGAAACCUGAUGUCUAGGAGUAUAGUAGAUGAUCAUAUCAGUCAUUUCUUCUCUGUAUCUUUUAAGGUAAAUCAAUAAUAUGUAUAAUCUCUUUUAAUCAUGAUAUCACCAGCACACUUCAAGAACAACUACUUUCAUAGAGGUCAGUGAAAAUAUAGUAUCUUUGCGGCAAGUUGUAUAUGAGUUAACAAGAAAAUGGAAAGUUUGUAGAUGACUGUAGGAAGUUCAAAUGUUUCUCAGAGUCAUUCAGUCUAGGAGCUGUCACAUCAAUCAGUUCUAUCUGCCUUGCAUUACCAUCACCCCAGAUAUCCCUGACUCUGUCAACCAACACCAUUAUUUCUCCUCCCACUUCCCUAAACCUCAGCCAGCCUGAGACUGGAACAUCUUAUUUGUGCAUUUUUUUAAGUUCCAUGUAAUGUACAGUAAUUCUUUACUCAGAAUCUUCUAUGCAUUCUUGAAGUGGGUUGAAAACAAUGACCUAUUUCAGUUGAGCAGGAGAUCCACAUCUGUUAAGGCAUCAUUAAGAUACAUAUGUAUUUAACCAGCUGUUUUUCCUGUCUUGUGACUAUUUUUAGUCUGUAGAAGGAAAUGGAAUGAAGUAGUCUUGAAGUUGGGCAACAGCUUCUGCUUUCAUUUACAAACAAAUGACAUUUUCUUAAUGCUGUUAAACCAAAUGCCAAAAUAUCUUCACUUUAUUUUGUAAACAUCAAACACUCCUGGUGUAGGAUUUUUCAAGUUUUGUGAUGUGGUAUAGUUCAGAGUUUAAAGCCGUCUAGUAGAUCAUCUAUGAACUUCUCCACCAAACCUGGUCCUUCACUAGCAUUCUUAACUCAGAGAAUAGCAGUCUUGCAGAACUUUUUUUUUUUUCAAAGAACUUUUAUUACUUGUACAGACCACCUAGUUGUCUACCCAAUGAUAUACUUUAUCCUCUUAUUUUUUACUAACAGAACUUGAAUUUUUAGGGUCACUGCUCAAAGACAUUUUUCCAGAUUCCUCUACAGAUUGAAAUGACAUGAUAAAACAGUUCAGUUUAAUGAGAUGUAAGUAUACAGUGUUAGGUGGAACUUCAAGAAAAGAUGUUUUUGAAAGAUUCAGAUGCCAUACACAUUUUACCUUUUGUCCUUUGCCCUCCCCCUUCCUUUUUCCUGAAUUGCAUAAUUGAAACCUGAGGUAACACACUAGCUAUAUUGUACCAAUGAGGAGACAAUCCAGGGUCAGCUGAGCAGUAAGACAAAGGAGCCUGGGUUCUGAACAGUGCAAUAGAGUAAUGUAUCAUAUCUGGACUGCCUACCUAUAGAUUUCUUUAUAUAGGAGAAAAUAAGCUGCCUAGUUUCCUUUUCCAAAUUGAUCUCUAGAUUCAACACAAUCCCAGUUAAAAAUCCCAGAAGGCUUUUUUGGGGAAAGAGAGAAAGAGACAUUAGACUUCACCAAAAUCAAAACUUUCUGUUCAUCAAAAGCUUCCACUAAAAAAGUGAAGAAGCAAGCCACAUAUUGGAAUAAAAUAUUCAAAAUAUCCGUAUGUGACAAAGAACCUCUUACCCAGAAUAUAUGAAGAACUCCUAUAAACCAGUAAUAAAAGGGGAAGCCAGUUAAGGACACUUCACAGAAAAAAAAAAUAUACAAAAGGCCAAUAAGUAUGUAGAAAGUCAACAUCACUUAUCAUCAAGGAAAUGCAAAUUAAAACCACAAGAUACCACUAAAUGACUAAAAUUACAAAAUAUACACACUGGUUAAAUGGUUAAAACUGAAAAAGACUGACAAUAUCAAGCAAUAAUGGGAAUGUAGAGUACCUAGAACUUUUAUACACUAUGGGUAGGAAUGUAAUAUAUGGUACAACCACUUUGGAAAACUGGAAAUUUCUAAAGCUAAAUACACACCUACUCUGUGUUUCAGCAGUUUCAUUCUUAGGUAUCUACUCAAGAGAAAUGAAUGUUUAUGGCAGCUUUAUUCAUAACACAAAACUAUAAACAAUCAAGUUUCUAUCCACAGGAGAAUGGAUAGACAAACUGCAAUAUAGUCAGAUAGUGGAGUAACAUGAAAACGAAUGGACUACUGGUAUGUGCCAUAACCUACAUAAAUCUCAAAAGCAUCACAUUGAGCAAAAUAAACCAGGUACAACAUUCUGCAUAACCGUCUAUAUGAAGGCCAAUUAUAGGCCAAACUAGGCUGUAGUGAUGCAUCUCAGAACAGUGAUUGCUCUGGGUGAGAGCAGGGGAUUAAAAUUAGUUGGAAAAGGGACAUGAGGGAAUUUGGGGGGGGUAGUUGAAAUGUUUUGUAUCUUGAUCUGGCUGACAGUUACUGCAUACAUUUAUCAACAUUCCCCAAGCUGUAUAUUUAAGAUUUGUGAUUUUACUAUAUGUAAAUUAUACCUUAAUAAAAUAUUGUUAUAAAA